AUGCCUGGCGUUGACGUUAACGAGGGAGGCGAGCACAGCUGUCUGCUCCAUGCGGCGUCCAUCUACAUGUGGGGUAUCCACGACAACCACCUGUUGCUACAACAACUUCUCCAGCAGGCUCUACUCAGCGAUGCCCAAGCAAAGCUGAAAGACCGAUGGCAGGCAGAGAAGGAGAGGAUGAUGUAUCACUAUCAGAGUACACGGGAGGAGAAGAUAGUGCGUCAGGGUACACUGGAGGAGAGGAUGGCGUGCCAAGGUUCACAGGAGAAGGAAUCCAUCAGUAGUCUAUUGGACUGGCAGUGUCACGCGGAUUGGAACGACGAGUCGGCAACGGGAGUCAACCCUGCCACGGAUGCGGGCGUGGCCCGUGAGCCACCCCCAGGGGGCGUGACAUGUGCCUCCCCACUAAGGGGCGCAGAGGAGCUGCACGUGUUUGCUCUUGCCAAUGUGCUGCGUCGACCAAUCAUAGUGCUCGCUGGCGAGGACGUGGGAUCGCGCGGCGAUGUUAGCGGGAGAGCGGACAGCGAUGUAGCAGGUGUCUACCUUCCGCUGCUGUCUCGCCACCAGUACUGCAUCAAAUCUCCCAUGCUGCUCGGUUACUGUCAUGGCCGCUUCGUUCCCCUGCUUCCCAUGGGAACCACCGCACAGGAACCGGAAGUUGACACGCAGCACCCUCUACACUGGCCCGCCGCCAUCCCGCUGGUGACGCACGCGAUGAAACAGCUGAGCAUUCGGCUUGCACUGCCGGCGGAGGCGCAGCGGUGGCGCCGGCUGGUGGGCGACUACUUGGCGGUGUGCGAGUGCGCGUUGUCGCGUUGCAACGAGGCGUGUCAGGUGCUGUGCGCGCACGCGCUCCCGCAGCAGCUAGAGACGAGCACCAGUCUAAUGCAGCUGUACGUGACCGUGCUGCAAGAACUGACGGUGCCCACCGACAACCGGUUGCUUGGUGCUGACCAUGCCAGCAACCGGUACACUGGGGCUGACCGAUCGGGCAACCGGUCCGCCGACGAUCGCUCGACCAUCGACAACGGAACGUCUGUUGGAGAUGACGUUGCUGGUGACGACAAGUGUGCAUCGCAGAAGCAGGAGCAGCAACAGCAGCAGCAGCAGCAGCAGCAUCAACAGAAACAGCAGCAGCAACAGACAGCAGCAUCAGUGUAA